AUGACUAUAGUGGUCGUGGUGCCAAAAGAGAAAAUCACUUGGGAAUUCUUUCAAAGUGAAUUUAAAAAGAAAUACAUUGGUAAGAGGUAUCUUGAUAAAAAGAAGAGGGAAUUUCUUGAUUUACGACAAGGAAAUCGAUCAGUAACAGAAUACGAGAGGGAAUUCAUAUACCUCAGCAAGUAUGCCAAGGAAAUUGUAUCAACCGAGGAAGAGAUGUGCAUUCGGUUUGAGGAAGGGCUAAAUGAUGAAAUCAAAAUGAUGAUUGGGGGCACGGAAAUACAAGAAUUUGUUGUUUUAUUAGAUCGAGCUCAAAAAUUAGAAGAGGUAUAUAACAAAAAAAUGCAGAGAUACAAAAGAAGUAAAGAAUCUCAUAAGGGAAGUUCCUCCAAGUCAUUUUCAGUUGCACCUGCGAAAAAGUCCAAAGAUGAUUUCAGUUGA